GUCCUACCUAUGAAGACAUCAAGAAAAUGGAGCUGCUGCGGCUUUGCUUCACCGAGUCCCUUCGCAUGUAUCCAGAGCCUCCGCUGCUCAUUCGCCGAGCCUUGGAUGAAGACACUUUGCCGGCUGGCGCAACGAAAGAGGAGACAAAAGUCUUGAGAGGCAUGGACUUCUUUGUGUCAAUCUACAACCUGCAUAGAGAUGAGAAGUACUGGCCCAACGCCAACACGUAUGACCCAGACCGCUUCAAGCGAAAGUACGAGAAUCCUGACAUUCCCGGCUGGGCCGGCUAUGACCCGAAGAAGUGGGGUGGCUUGCUCUAUCCCAAUGAAAUUGCCAGCGACUAUGCCUUCCUGCCCUUCGGAGCAGGGCCCCGCAAGUGCGUCGGGGACGUGUUUGCCAUGUUGGAGGGCUGUGUGACACUGGCCAUGGUGGUCCGCAACUUCGACUUCUCGUUCGCUGCACCCACGGCUGAUCCCAGCCAGGUCGGAACCUGCACUGGAGCAACAAUCCACACAAAGAAUGGCCUGUGGAUGCAAGCUCAUGAGAGAAAGCAUUAGGGUGUCCGCGGCAUUUUGGCGAGAGCCACAUGAGGACUCCAAAGACCGCAGAAAACCUGUGAUUCUAUCCUGAUCUGGUG